AUGGCGGGCCCGAGCGGCGGGGCCCGGUGGCCGCUGCUGCCGCUGCUCCUGCGCCCCCGCCCGCCGCCGCCGCGCAGCAGCCCGGGACCGCCGCGCAGGACCGGGGGCUCGGCGGCAGCGGCGGCUGGGCCGGCGCGGCUGAAGGGACCGGAGGAGCUGCCGGGGCCGGGGCUGCUCCGUACUUUCGUCUGGCUCUUCCUGCGGGGCUACCUGCUGCACACGCACCGGCUGCAGGUGAUAUCCCGACGCCUCUAUGGACCUAUCUGGAAGUCAACCUUCGGACAUUAUAGGAACAUCAACAUUGGGAGCCCAGUGGUGCUGGAGCAGCUGCUGCGGCAGGAGGGCAAGUACCCGAUGCGGAGCGACAUGGCGCUGUGGAAGGAGCACCGGGACACCCGGCGCCUGCCCUACGGACCCUUCACCGAGGAAGGGGAGCGCUGGUACCGCCUGCGCCAGGUGCUCAACAAGCGGCUGCUGAAGCCCUCGGAGGCGCUGCUGUACGCGGACGCCAUCGGGGAGGUGGUGUCAGACCUGAUGGUGCGCCUGCGGGAGGAGCGGAGCCGCAGCCCCUCGGGGGUGCUGGUGGGGGACGUGGCCAACCUGCUCUACCGCUUUGCCCUGGAAGGCAUCUCUUACAUCCUCUUCGAGACCCGCAUCGGGUGCCUCAAGCAGCAGGUCCCUCCUGAGACCCAGCACUUCAUUGACUCCAUCAACCUCAUGUUCAAGAACUCCAUCUUUGCCACCGUCCUGCCCCGAUGGAGCCGCAAGGUGCUGCCCUUCUGGGACCGUUACCUGGACAGCUGGGACACCAUUUUCGCCUUUGGCAAGAAACUGAUAGACCGAAAGAUGGAGGAGCUGGAGGGGCAGGUGGAGCGUGGCACGGAGGUGUCUGGCUACCUGAGCUACCUGCUGGCCAGUGGCAGACUCAGCCUGGAUGAGGUCUAUGGCAGCGUGGCCGAAUUGCUGCUGGCUGGUGUGGACACGACCUCCAACACGCUGUCCUGGGCUUUGUACCACCUCUCCCGGGACCCAGACAUCCAGGAGACCCUGUACCAGGAGCUGAAAGCUGUUGUGCCUCCCGACCGGUUUCCUGCUGCUGAGGAUAUCCCCAAGCUGCCGAUGCUUCGGGCCAUUAUCAAGGAGACUCUGAGAGUCUACCCUGUGGUGCCCACCAACGCCAGGGUCUUCUAUGAGAAGGACAUUGUCAUCGGAGACUACCUCUUCCCCAAGAAUACCCUCUUUGUCCUGGCGCACUACGCGAUGUCCCAUGAUGAAACCUACUUCCCCGAGCCCGAGCGGUUCCUGCCCCAGCGCUGGCUCCGGGGACACGGCUCCCCUCACCACCCCUUCAGCUCCAUCCCCUUCGGCUACGGGGUCCGUGCCUGUGUCGGGCGCCGCAUCGCUGAGCUGGAGAUGCACCUGGCCCUUGCCAGGAUGAUCCAGGCAUUUGAGGUGCGGCCGGACCCCCGUGGCGUAGAAGUGACGUCUGUGUCCCGCAUUGUCCUGGUGGCUGACAAGCCCAUCAACCUGGAAUUCAUCGCUCGCCCGGGAGCCCCCUGACUGCACGUCCACCCCCACCCUGGGUGCCAGAUGGAGAUCCCCCUUACUGCCCCACAAGGAGGACAGGAAGGCAAACCCCUUCCCUGGCCAGCUUGGGCC